AUGUCACAUAACCCAUUCGAUUAUCCGUCCGAUGACGACCUAUUUGAUGAUGUGGAUACGGUUCAUCCUUCACACCCAGUUACCGAGCAGAAUCAAGCUGGUGAUGUGUUCUCACAUACAGCAAGAAAACCUUCAUUGAGUGAAGGAAGUCUGGCUCUGGCCACGAAUUCUGCUCACGGAUACAGAUAUCCAACCACCUCCUCACUUGGUACCGUUGCCAAUGACUACAGCUACAAUGAGAAGUUUGUUUCACCGGUUAACAAUGAAGAGUAUGAAUAUAAUCCUCCCAGGAGAGGUAAAACUGUAUCGUUUAAUAACGACUUGAAGUAUCCGCCACUUGCAUAUAACCCUGGUUUAGAUAACCAAUUUUACGAAAAUUACACAGAUUUUGGGACCACCGACCACGAUCACUUGGUUUACAAUAUGAACUACCCAGCACCAUUUUCAACGGGUGAAGAUUACCUUAUAAAUCCACUAGUUGAUGCAGAAUACGAAGAUGACGAGGAUUUUGACAUGUAUGGUGUUGGUGAUGAUGACAGUUUGUUUUCUGGAGAUUCUGCCGGCGACCUUUUGAGAAGAAACACCACUUUGAAUAGAGGAGGAAGGUUGGGUAAUUCCAUCAGAAAGACCAAAAGUCGAGGAUCUACAAUCACAUUCGAUGUCGAUAAUGAUGAUGACGACGAUGACGAUGUUUUUAAUGAAAAGGGCAACAAUCUAAAGUACACAAGAACCAUAAAGAAGGCUCGACUCAUCAAUGGUAACUAUGUUAUUGAUGCACCAGCCCCAAAAGCUUUGCUCGAUACAUAUUGCAAAAAAGUCGAUGAUACUGGAAGGGAGAUGUCGUUUUUAAGAUACACAGCUGCCACUUGUGGACCUUCAAACUAUGUCAAGUUCAAAUACAACUUACGUCAAGCACUUUACGAACCACGUCGAGAAACAGAGAUUAUGGUCUGUAUCACAAUGUACAAUGAAGAUGAGAUUCUCUUGGCGAAAACUUUAAAGGGGAUUUUUGAAAAUAUAGAAGAUUUGAGGAAAAGAUCAGAUCCCGUGUGGGGAGAUGAUUCAUGGAAAAAAGUUGUUGUAUGUAUUGUUACUGAUGGGCGUAUUCAUUUAAACAAAAGGACGCAGAUUCUUUUAACUGCACUUGGAGUGUAUCAAGAUGGAUAUGCCAAAUCGAAAAUCAAUGAUAAACCCGUCAAGGCCCACAUUUACGAGUACACAUCGACGGUGGGGAUCGAUACCAUCAACGAUCACGUUCAUUUAACUCCCAAUUCCAUGCCGGUGCAGUUCUUAUUUUGUCUCAAGGAGAAGAAUGCCAGAAAGAUUAAUUCGCAUCGUUGGUGUUUCCAAGCAUUUGCACCAAUCUUGAACCCCAAAGUGGUGAUGUUGUUGGAUUGUGGAACAAAGCCAUCGAAAAAUGCAUUUUACUACCUUUGGCGCGCAUUCAAGGACCCCAAUGUUGCUGGUGCAUGUGGUGAAAUGAGAGCUUCGUUGGGUGCAGGUAAGCGGUUAUUGGCGAAUCCGUUAGUUGCGGCUCAGAAUUUCGAAUACAAAAUUUCAAACAUCUUGGACAAGCCAAUGGAGAGUGUGUUUGGGUUCAUUUCGGUGUUGCCCGGAGCGUUUAGUGCGUAUCGAUAUGAGGCGCUUUUGAAUGUGAAUGGGAAAGGUCCCUUGGAGAAAUAUUUCAAGGGGGAGUACCUGAACUUGAAUAGUCAAGUGAAUGAUCCUGACGAUGAUGAAAAAGAGAUUAAGGAGCGGAAUUUCCAAGAGGCGGGGAUUUUCACAUCCAAUAUGUAUUUGGCCGAGGAUAGAAUAUUAUGUUUUGAGCUAGUUGCGAAGCGAAAUCACAAGUAUAUGUUGCGGUAUGUCAAGGAAGCCAAAGCUGAAACCGAUGUUCCUGAGAGUAUUGAUGAGUUUAUAUUACAAAGAAGGAGAUGGUUGAAUGGGUCAUUGUUUGCCGCAGCGUAUGCAGUUUUCCAUUGGACCAAACUUUGGCGGUCGCAGCAUUCAUUGUUGCGGAAAUUGUUUCUCCAACUUGAGUUUUAUUAUCAAGUGCUUACCCUUUUGGUUUCGUGGUUUUCAUUAGCUUCAUUUUUCCUUGUUUUCAGAAUCUUGACUGCUAAUUUGGGUGCUUCAGAUGUGCAUUUUGAGACUGGUAAAUAUUUGGCGAUAAUUUUCCUUUGGAUUUACGUUGCAUCAAUUGUAUGCACAUUUGUUUUGGCUUUUGGAAAUACGCCUCGUGGAACUAGGAAAUUUUAUUUAGUGAUUGCUUAUCUAUUUGCAAUCAUGAUGGCGUACUUGAUCUUUUCUGCAAUUUUCCUUGCUGUCCAUACUGCUCAAGCCAUCAUCAGUGACCACAAGACUGACUUUACUGCGUCAAUGGUGUUUACCAACUCCAAAUUUAGAGACUUGGUGGUGUCGGUAGUGUCAACAUAUACGUUGUAUUUUGUGGGUGCUUUCAUAUAUGGCGAGCCAAGUUUUAUGUUUACUUCAUUUGCUCAGUAUGUGUUGUUGUCUCCCACAUACGUCAACGUACUCAAUAUCUACUCAUUCUGCAAUAUUCAUGAUGUUUCGUGGGGUACAAAGGGGGUUGAGCGUGCCAAAGAUUUGGGAUCUGCUAAAUCGAUGGGAGAGGACAAGGAAAGCAUCUUGUUGAUUGCUCCUGACACAAGCGAAGGACUCAAUGAUUCAUACAUGGAUAAAGUAGAGCUUCUUCGAAGUUUGCCACCCCCAGAAGUGGAUGCUGUUGUGCAGUCAAGGCUGAUUAAAGAUGAUUCGUAUUAUGCAUUUGUGCGGACAAUUACCGUGUUGAUCUGGAUGUUCACUAAUGCCAUAUUGAUUUUGGUUGUUUUGGACGCGGGAGGUAUUGGAUUACUUGCGAACAAGUCUUCAACAAAUGAUGAUGGAUCGAUUUCUGGUAACUCAGAGGUGUUUUUGACGAUUAUUUUGUGGAUUGUUGCUGGAAUGGCGGCAUUCAGGUUUUGUGGUGCUGUGAUGUACUUGAUUCUGAAGGAGUUUAGACCAUUGAAAUGGAAGUGGAGAGCUAUGAGGGAGAAGAAGCGGAUGAAUGAGCAGGUGUAG